CAGAAAUCAUGAAUGGAUUUUUAAUAAACUUAUUAACUUUUUCUUUUUUGCAGUCUCUAAUGGCCGGAGUGGCUCAAAACUGUUUAUCAAUGACGAUAUUGCUGUUAUCAAUGAAUUCAUGUCAAAGCUGUCUGAAUCUCAGAGGAAUGAAAGACCAUUGCAAUCCACUCAGACGAUGUCUUCUUGGUCUGGGUCAACCCAAUACACAACUAUUGAUAAGUUUGUUUAUAAUGCCAAAUGUAUGUCGCUAGCUGAAGUGGCAAAGUUAAAACAGGAAUCUGUGUGUGUAACUGUGGCUACUACUUUGAAAUUUGCUGUUUCCAAAUAUGGAUGGUUCUACUAUGGAUGCACCGGCUGCACUUUGAAGGCUUCCAAUCCAGAUAAUCCGUUUAAAUGUGGAUGUGGUGAAAAUGUUGUGAAACCUGUACCAAGGUACAAGGUUGAGAUUCAUGUAAUUGAUGGAGAAUCCAAGUUCCGCUUUGUAUUUUGGGAUACUGAUUGCUUUAAUAUCAUUGGAAAAACAGCCGACGAUAUGCGCAAAUCCAUGAUAGAGAAUGGUGAAGAUGAUCCUAUGGUAUAUCCAGACGAACUUGACGUACUUUUGAAAAAGAGAUUUGCUUUUAGAGUUAAAGUGCAGCCAAACUUCAAUCAAGGAUCCGUUCAGAAACUUUUAACAGAUGCAUCUUCUGUUGAUCAGAUUUUAGAAAACUACAUCAAACAGCAAGAUGAGCAAAGUAAAGACAUUGUAGUCAAUGAACCAAAAACACCAACAGAUACCUUGAAUUUCAACAUUGCUGGAAAGGAUCCAAGAAAGGAAGAUACCAUUGAUUUCUCAGCUCAUUCACUUUCGGCAUGUGGAGAGAAUGAACCCGAAAUUAACAGUACGGUCACCCCAACAAAGGCGAAGUCAACAAAUGCACCAGACGGUGAAAAUGAAUGUGAGUUUGUCGGAGCUACACAGUACUCGGGUACCAAACCCCUAAAAAAAGUGAAGAUAGAAGGAACCAACUGA